UGUCCACAGAGGCGAGAGGACACAGAGGCCAAUGGGAUUGAAGCUCAUGAAUAAUGGGUCAGAAGAGGACUCGCAUUUAACCAAUAUUUUCCUGCAUGGCAGCCUGUGGGCGUCCUUUCAAUCUGCAUGACAGCAAACGCACCAAACCAGUGUGAAUAGCCGGAAUUGAACUGACGCCACCGCCCCCUUUUCGCCUCUCUUCUGUCUCCUUCUUUUUUGGAUAGACUGUGACAGCUGCCAAUGUACAGUUCAUCUUCGUGAAGUAAGGACAAAACUCAAGGCAUGCCGCUGGCCCGCAGCCUAUCUGUCACGUCCCUCUCAGGACUAGAGGACUGGGAUGAGGACUUCGAUUUGGAGGAUGCUGUUCUCUUUGAGAUUGCGUGGGAGGUCGCUAACAAAGUUGGAGGCAUCUACACCGUCAUCCAGACCAAGGCCCGCAUGACCUCUGAGGAAUGGGGGGAGAACUAUUUCCUGGUGGGUCCCUACGUGGAAAGUAACGUGCGCACUCAGGUGGAGCUGAUCGAGCCCACAAACCCUGUACUCAAGAGAACCAUUGACAAGAUGAACUCCAGUGGGUGUAAGGUUUACUUUGGGCGCUGGCUCAUCGAGGGGAGUCCCUAUGUUAUUCUUAUCGAUGUGGGGUUCACCGCCUGGUCUCUGGACUCCUGGAAGAGCGAGCUGUGGGAGCUCUGCGACAUUGGCGUGCCUUGGUUCGACCGUGAGGCAAACGACGCCGUGCUGUUUGGCUUCCUCACAGCCUGGCUUCUAGGAGAGUAUGCAGCGCAGAGUGAGGAGCCUCCACACAUCGUCGCCCAUUUCCACGAGUGGCUGGCUGGCCUGGGCCUGGUUUUGUGCAGACAUAGACAGCUUUCUAUUGCAACCAUCUUCACCACUCAUGCCACUCUACUGGGACGAUACCUGUGUGCCGGAAAUGUGGACUUCUAUAACAAGCUUGCAGAUUUCAACGUGGAUAAAGAAGCAGGUGACAGACAGAUCUACCAUCGAUACUGUUUGGAGCGAGCAGCCGCUCACUGUGCCCACGUCUUCACCACCGUGUCACAGAUCACAGCCAUCGAGGCAGAGCACCUGCUCAAGAGGAAACCAGACGUCGUCACUCCCAAUGGACUUAAUGUGAAGAAGUUUUCUGCUGUGCAUGAGUUUCAAAACCUUCACGCUCAGAGCAAGAAUCGGAUACAAGAGUUCGUCAGAGGACACUUCUACGGGCAUCUGGAUUUCAACCUGGAUAAGUGUCUGUUCCUGUUUAUUGCUGGGAGGUACGAGUUCUCCAAUAAAGGAGCCGACCUCUUCUUGGAAGCUUUAGCCAGACUCAACUAUCUACUUCGAGUUAAUCACAGCGACGUCACUGUCAUUGCGUUCUUCAUCAUGCCAGCUCGGACAAACAACUUCAACGUUGAGACGUUAAAGGGACAGGCGGUCAGGAAACAGCUCUGGGAUACUGCUCAGACUGUGAAGGAACGCUUUGGAAAGAAACUCUAUGAGUCACUUUUAGUCGGCCAGCUGCCUGAUGUUUCAAAGAUAAUGGACAAAGAGGACUUCACCCUGAUGAAGCGUGCCAUCUUUGCGACUCAGAGACAAUGCCAGCCUCCGAUCUGCACCCACAACAUGCUGGAGGACAGCAGCGACCCCAUCCUGAACUGUGUCCGCCGUAUCGGCCUUUUCAACAGCUCAGCUGACCGAGUCAAGAUUAUCUUCCAUCCAGAGUUCCUUUCGUCCACCUCUCCUUUACUUCCGAUGGAUUAUGAGGAGUUUGUACGAGGCUGCCACCUCGGCGUCUUCCCCUCAUACUACGAGCCGUGGGGCUACACACCAGCUGAGUGUACAGUGAUGGGGAUUCCUUCAAUUUCAACGAACCUGUCAGGCUUUGGUUGUUUCAUGGAGGAGCACAUAGCCGACCCCUCAGCAUACGGUAUUUACAUCCUGGACCGGCGGUUCCGAGGGGUCGACGAGUCGUGCAACCAGCUCACUUCCUUCCUUUUUCAGUUUUGCAAGCAGAGCCGGCGUCAGAGGAUCAUCCAGAGGAACCGGACUGAGCGUCUAAGUGAGCUGUUGGACUGGAGAUACCUCGGCAGGUAUUAUGUAUCAGCACGUCACAUGGCCCUGGCUAAAGCUUUCCCUGACACCUACGUUUAUGAACUCAACGCGCCCACCUCAACCUCGGGUUUCCGUUACCCCCGACCGGCCUCAGUACCUCCAUCUCCAGCUCUGUCCCGCCACUCCUCCCCCCACCACAGCGAGGCCGAGGACAAUGAUGAAGACGAACGCUACGACGAAGAUCUGGAGGCAGAAAAGGACCGGAAGAACAUCCGCCAGCCCUACGGCCUGCCAUUCAAAAACAAGCCCACCUCUGCUGUCCAAUCAUCCAACGGGAGCGACGAAAGCGAGAAAAACUGACACACAAAUACACACGUGCAGUACAUGCUGAACCUCACUAAUGAAACUUAAUCCGUGGCUGUUGUUUAGAUCACUUAUAUGUACUCAGAAACUUCACAAACGGGUGCAGUCAUGUGAGUGAUAAACUUUAUAUAAGUUUGUUGUGCAUUGCAUCACUCUCAGUGUCUUCCCAACCUGUGUGUACCUCAGACUUUUUAAAAACAUCACUCAGUUUGAUAUUUUUUGAUAAAUUUCAGUUACACCAGCAGUGCAACCUGUUUUUUAGCAGCUAGAAAUAGCAACACAGACAGUUCAACACAUACAUACAAUCAGGGCUGUCUGAUUUUGUAAUGUACUAACACUGGAUUACAGAGGUAGAUCUAAAGCAGUAAGGAAGUAAUAAUCAUUGUUUCUGGUAUGUUUCUAUACUUGAUUUAAAAGUGGGUCAGAGCAGGGAAAACAGCAUAACUCUUCUUUUUACCAGCAUGUCAUCUUUACACAUUCAAAGCAGGAUCAACUACCUUCCUUGUUCUUUGUACUUUAGUUUGACUUCAAAGUCUUGCUCUCAUUCAGCUCAAGCAGUCCACCGUAGCAUUUCUUUAUUGUGUCUAUCAAAUGCCUUAUUUACUCCAAAACUUCCCCGAGUGGAAAUGAAAGGUCAAACACAAACACAUGAACAGAAAGCGUCAGCAGACAAGAGUGGUUCUAUCCUGAGAACAUGUCUGUGUGUGUGUGUUUGUUCCAUUUUAUUUCUGCACCUUAGUGCGUCUCAGCCUUUCAGCAACUGUCACCUUUGAAAAACCUCACACUCCUUUUGUUUAUCAGUGUGUGUUUGGUGUGUGUGUGUUAUCAUGGAGGUAGUUGGUUUCCCUGCUUCUGUGAGUAUUUAUUUGUGAAAGGAACAGAGGUGAGAGAGGCAGAAGAAAAGAGGACUGAAACUUGUUUUCAGGUGAAGGUCGUCUUGAAGAGGAGCUACAGGAUGUUUUGAAAGUUUGUCAGUAAAUGGUUUUACCAGGCGUGAUCUUACACUCCCUGUAAAAGUUUUAGCAUUUGUUACAACCUUGCACCAGAUGAACUUAUAAUAAAGCUUAAAUAUAUGUACCUGUUUGUGUUUUACAAAUUA